AUGUUGGCUACAAUAAUACUCAUCCCUGCUGGUCUAGAGGAAUUGACAAUAUCUUGGGGCGGCCUGUGGAACAUUGAGGGCAGUGUUCCCUGGGCGAAUCUUGAGUUACUUGGCAAGUCUCUCAAUUCUUCCGAUGACGAAUCGGACGAGGAUGAGUAUAAUGUCUUGAGUGAUCCGGACAUCAGCGACGAGUAUUGCCGUCUUGACGAGGCUAUAAGCGAGGGCCCACUACGCCCUGAAGAGAUCAAAGACGUCCAGGCAUAUGAUGGGAAAAUUGGGAGUCUCCACCAUUACACGUCCCUGACCCAGGUCAGCAUCAGUAUUCGGGCUCUUUUCGGCGAUCUGGAGCUCAACUCGCCGGUACUCGCCAAACCACCCUCUAUCCGACUCAUCGACAUGCUCCCCUCAAAUCUGGAAUAUCUACGCCUUUACGGAUAUGAGAAAGGAAGAAGUAGGGAACUGGACGACCACGUCAACGAGCUCCUUGGGGGGAAAUCUAAGCGACUACCUAACCUGAAGGAGUCACCAGGCAUGGAACAGUGCGAUCAGGACUUCAUCAAGAGCCGUAGCAGUUCCUUGAUUGCCCGCGCUAGCCAUCGAAACGAGUGGAAAAGAGAAGUUCAAGAGUGCAAGAGCCCGGUGAGACUGACACGAAGUUAUUAUCGGGCAAUGGGCGUCAAGAAGGAACGGGUUGUUAUCCUUGGAUCAGGCUGGGGAGGGUAUACCCUAUCGCGUAACUUGUCGGCCAAGUUAUUCUCGCCGCUGAUCAUCUCCCCUCGACCAUAUUUCCUGUUCACGCCGCUAUUGACGGACACUGCUGGUGGCUCCCUGGACUUCUCCCACGUCAUUGAGCCUGUCCGAGUCUCAAAAUCUCACGUUGGAUUCAUCCAGGCCCAGGCACUCUCGGUCAAUUUUAGUAAAAAGCGCGUCAUUUGCAAGCCUGCUGUGAUAGACUAUAGUGUCAACCGGGUACUCACCAACGAAGAAGAAGAGGAGGUACAACAGAAGCCGGGCUACAGCGAAUUUACGGAGGCGAAGCAGUGGGAAGGCGAGGAGAAAUUCGAAGUUUCAUAUGACAAACUGGUCAUCUCCGUCGGCGCAGUAACAAAUACUUUCAAUACCCCUGGGGUAAGGGAAAAUGCCAUUUUUUUCAAGGACAUUGGCGAUUCUCGGCAAGUCAGACACAGGGUCCGCGAGUGCUUCGAGUUAGCCAUGCUGCCCACUGCCACGCCGGAAAUGCAGCGAUACUUGCUCCAUUUUGCCAUCGUCGGGGCAGGCCCGACGGGAACAGAGCUCGCCGCAUCGCUGCGAGACCUCAUUCAUUCCAACUUUAUAACGCAGUAUCCUUCUUUGAUUGGGAUUCCUCGAAUUUCGUUGUACGACGUGGCACCCAAGGUCCUAUCCAUGUUCGAUGAGCAGCUUUCGCAGUAUGCCAUGCAAGCAAUGAAGAAAGAAGGCAUUGACGUCAAAACCUCGCAUCACGUGGAAGGUCUUCGUUGGGGUGCUCCCGGCGAUCAGCCCCCGUAUGGAAUAGAUGCGGCUCAGUGUUUGACUUUGAAGACCAAAGAAAGAGGUGAGGAAGGGAUUGGUGUUUGUGUGUGGGUAACAGGAAACAAGAUGAAUACAUUUAUCAGGCAUGGGCUUGAUAAAAUCGACCAAUUCCCAGCGUCGUCCGUCGCCUUACCAGAUGGCGGUGGCAGGUCUGGAGUUUCCUGGAGCGUAAAGAAAGCGGAGAAAGCAGGCUCUCUGUCAGUGGAUGGAAGCCUUCGCGUUCAGCUUGUGAAUACCGAUCACAAGACGGUGGUUCUCCAGGACGUCUUCGCCAUCGGCGACAACGCAACGCCGGAGACGAGUGAUUUGCCAGCGACGGCUCAGGUUGCUUACCAAGAGGGCAAAUGGUUAGCUACUCAACUCAACAAAGGAAAUCUCGAGCGCUCACCACAGCAAUUCGUCUUCAAAAGCUUGGGCAUCAUGGCUUACAUCGGUGAUUCGAAAGCUUUGAUGCAAUUUCCUGACGGAGAAGAUGGGCAGAGAUGGUAUCGGCCGAGUAACCUGACAGGGCGUGUCGCUUGCCGCGUCGACAAAAAGCCCUCAUGCAGCGGGCAAUACGGACAACAAAUAUUCGCCCGGAAUGGCAAAAAUGGCCGAGCGGAGCCGUUUGCCUGA